GUUUACUAAUCUACUUUGAAAUAAUCGCCUUAGUGAAUAAUAGCCUUUCCGUUUCGGUUCAAAAAAUGGCGAAGGCAUUUCACGCCCCAGCAACGAACGAAAACCAGAAAAUAACUGCACAGCUUAAGCUUGUAUUGUACUGCAUCGCAAAGCCCCAUGUUGGUGGUCUUCAUUUUCGUCUUCCUUUUCUUCAUUUUUUUAUACAAGUUCAUCACCGCUUAUGCCGAUUUUACUUUGAUGUCUAAGAAGCAGCCUAAACGCCAAGAGAUUGAAGAUAUGGUUGUUUGGAUUACCGGUGCUAGCCGUGGAAUUGGGGAGAUUUUGGCUAAACAGCUUGCAAGUUUAGGGGCCAAGCUUAUAAUCUCUGCAAGGAAUGAAGUUGAGCUAAACCGAGUAAGGACACAGCUGAAAGGUAAACAUGCACCUGAUGAAGUCAAGAUUUUACCAUUGGAUUUAUCGUCUGGAGAGGAUUCUCUUUGGAUAGCUGUUGAGAAAGCAGAAUCCUUUUUUCCAGAUUCUGGGGUUGAUUACAUGAUCCAUAAUGCAGCUUUUGAGCGUCCUAAAACAUCAAUUUUAGAUGUAACCGAGGAAGGUCUUAAGGCUACAUUUGAUGUCAAUGUUCUGGGAACAAUAACUCUUACAAAGCUCUUGGCACCUUUCAUGUUGAAGAGGGGGCAUGGUCAUUUUGUGGUGAUGAGUAGUGCAGCAGCAAAGGCACCUGCCCCAGGUCAGGCUGUAUACUCUGCUUCUAAAUAUGCACUCAAUGGUUACUUCCAUACCGCUGCUCAGAGGUAUCUCUGUCAGAAAGGAAUCCAGGUAACUGUGAUCUGUCCUGGUCCAAUAGCAACAUCAAAUAACGCUGGAUCAAGGGUUCCAUCUGAGAAGCGUGUGCCAUCUGAAAGGUGUGCAGAGCUGACUAUUAUUGCUGCAACGCAUGGCUUAAAGGAAGCUUGGAUAUCAUAUCAGCCUGUGCUUACUGUCAUGUAUCUCGUUCAGUACAUGCCAACUAUUGGUUAUUGGGUCAUGGACAAGAUUGGCAAAAGUCGAGUAGAAGCUGCUGAACAGAAGGGAAACACAUAUUCUUUGAGCUUAAUGCUUGGAAAAAAGAAGGCCACUUGAUGCCCAUCUGUGCAUGUUCUCCAAAGAUUUGUAUAAAAUAUUUUUAGUUGGAGGCUCUCUAUGAAACUGAAUAACACCCUUUCAGACAACUGACAGAAAACUUGAAUGGAUUUCCUCAUUGAAAAAUUAAGGUUUAGAAAUGUCCAAUGGGCACCGCUA